AUGGGGGCCUGGACGUCUACCUGGGGCUGCAGGACGGCUCCUUCGCCAAGAUGGGCCCUGAUAACAAUCCCUUCGCGGCGUUCUCGCCCGGGAAGGGAUCUUGUGUCCGCGCCGGCGCUGGGCGACGCGAACGGCGCCAGGCGCCUGCACCUUGUCCUUGGCGGCGGCGGCGGCGGCCUGGACGUCCGCCUGAGACGGCAAGACGGCCCCUUCGACAAUGGCGGGCCUGAGUGGGGCCUGUCUAUGCUGGCACUGGGCGACGUGAGCGGCGACGGGCGCCUGGACCUCGCCCUUGGCGGUCAGGAUGGUAGCUCGGACUUUCAGUAG